AUGUUCGUUUGUAGAGGCGACCUUAUACCAACCGUGACACCUGGGAAACAACGUCCUGCAUUGUCUUUAGUGACAAUAGUGAAUCCGCAGAAAUUAAGUGACAACAAAUUUCCAGCACUUUCCUCGGCAUCUUUCUCCUUUCUUUCUUUCUUUCUUUCUUUCUUUCUUUCUUUCUUUCUUUCCCCUCUUCCUAUUCUUCUUCUCAUAAUAUCUAUUUUAUUAUUAGGUGAAGCAUUGGUAACCACAUGUAAUUUGCAAACACUCAAAGUUUUUUCUUCUUCUUUUUCUUCUUUUUCUUUUUCUCCUUCUUUUGUUCUUCUUUCACUUUUUAUUCUUUUUCUUUCUCUUCAUUUAUUUUUAAUUUUCUUCUUUUUCUUUCUUUCUUUUUCUUUCUUUCUUUCUUUCUUUCUUUCUUUCUUUCUUUCUUUCUUUCUUUCUUUCUUCCCCUCCUCACCAUCUUCUUCUUCUUCUUCUUCUUCUUCUUCUUCUUCUUCAACUUCUUCUUCUCAUAAUAUCAGUUUGCUUGAUAGAGACUCACUCAUUUCCGCUGGUGGACACCAUCGGCGGACAAAUUUCGAUAACAUUCUCUCUCCUCACACACUCACUUUGAUCUUCUCUGCCCUCUCACCCUCUCUGUUUUCUUUUACGCUUCUCACUCUCUUUGCUCCUCUCUUCUCUCUCUCUCUGUCCUUCUCAACUUCUUUGCUCUUUACUUUUCUCACUAGCUCUGCUUUUCUCGGUCUCUCUACUCCUCUCACUCACACUCUCUGCUCUACUCACCCUCUAUGUUCUUCUCUGCUCUUCUCACUCAAUUUCCUCUCCUCCCUCACUCUGCUCUCCUCGCCUACUCUGCUCUUCUCACUCACUAUGCUUCUCUCACCCUCUCUUCCAUUCUCACUCUCAGUGCUCUCUCUACUCACCCAGCUUUUCUCUGCUCUACUCACCCUCUUUUCUCUUUUCACCCUCUCUGUUCUUUUCACCCUCUCUGCCCUUCUCACCCUUUCUGCCCUUCUUACUCUCUCUGCUCUUUCCGCACUAUAUGCUCUUCUCACCCUCUCUGUUCUUCUAACAUGGCUAUUCUCACGUCCUCUCUUUCUUUCUACCCUGAAAAUCUGA